UCAGAACUAGUGGGACUGAUUACUGAUUUUAGCAGAAAAAUAUUCCCAUAAACCCCUGUCCUUUUUUCACACUCCUUUUUUGCUUCUUUCUUCACACUCUUCACUUUCUUUUUCAUCUUUUCUGCAAAAACCCCAUUUUUAUGAACCCUUUUUUCUACUUCAUUUUCAAGAUUUGAAGAAUUCAUAUAGAGAUUUAGGUGUAGUGGAAAUGAGAGGACCUUUAGGGGAAGUAAUAGGGAAGUACCCUUCAAGUGAUGGUGGGGUAGCUGAAAAAGGGGAUGGAAUUAUCAAACACAACAGGAAAUGUAGAGAUGUUAUGUUUCUUGUUAUCUUCAUUGCUUUCUGGGUUGCAAUGAUUGUUAAUUCCAGUUUUGGAUUCAACCAAGGAAACCCAUUGAGGUUAACAUAUGGGCUGGACUAUAAAGGCAAUGUUUGUGGUGAUAGACAUGCCGAUCCUGAUCUUCGCGAAUUGGAACUCAGAUACUGGGUGAACCCAAAUCAAGUUUAUGAAAGUGGUUCAAAGGAUAAUCAGGCCAAACUUUCUAAUGCUAGGACCAUUUGCUUGAUGGACUGCCCUAUCCCAUCUGAAGAUUCUCUAAAUUGGGUCUGUGACUAUCCAGAAGGCGAGGUUCGUCUGUCAGUGGAUGACUGGAUCGAUAGAAAUUAUGAUUAUUUUGCGGACCUUACUCCAGACCUAAGAAACACUUCACUUCAGCUUCAAGGUCCUUGCUACCCUGUCAUAUUUCCAAGUGUUAAUGUUUAUUGGAGCUGCCAGCUUAUCGCCCGUGCAUCAAAUGUAUCUUUGCGGCAUUGGAAGGAAAUGGGCGGUGUUAACAUUGUUGAGGACAUCGCAGUUGAUAAAUCUAUCCAUGGCUUAAUUAACUCUCGAUCUUUGGUCUUAAAGAGAUAUGUGGCUGAUGUUGGCAAGUCAUGGGGAGUGUUGAUUGUUUGUGGAGGAAUUUUGCCAGUGUUUCUAUCAGUGAUAUGGCUUUUGAUGAUUCGUCACUUUGUGGCUGCAAUGCCUUGGAUAACUGUCAUCCUCUUUAAUGCCCUUAUAAUUUCAGUCACAAUGUUCUACUACCUGAAAGCUGGAUGGAUAGGAAACGACUCUAUCUCCCCCAUCAUUGGUGAACAUGAUCCAUAUUAUCAUGUAUCUGCAAGGGAAACAAGUCAUUUACAUGCUGCUGCUGUUCUCAUGUCUGCCGUGAUGAUUAUUUCGGUCUUGUCAUCCAUAGCUAUAGUGCGACGUAUACUUAUGGCUACUUCAGUCCUGAAGGUAGCUGCUAAGGUCAUCGGAGAAGUACAAGCACUAAUAAUUUUCCCCAUCAUUCCGUAUGCUAUCCUAGCAAUAUUCUACAUGUUUUGGUUUUCAGCUGCUCUUCAUCUUUUUAGUUCUGGACACGUUGUCCAGAAUGAUUGCAACACCAAUUGCUGUGCUUAUGAUCUUAAAUCAAAAAGGGUGAGCUGUGAUCGUUGCUGCGGUUACAGCAUCCAGUAUACUUCUCAUAUUGCUGCUGCAAUUUUUUUCCAUUUGUUUGGUGGCUUUUGGGCCACUCAGUUUUUUGUAGCAAGCUCUGCAACAGUCAUUGCAGGCUCUGUCGCUACAUACUAUUGGUCUCGAGGUGGAACAUCGCCAGAAAUUUCAUUUCUCCCGGUACUCUCCUCUAUGAAGAGGCUUGUACGUUACAGCAUUGGAUCUGUUGCUCUUGGUUCUCUGAUUGUUUCAUUUAUAGAGUCUAUCAGGUUUAUACUUGAAGCACUCCGGCGUAAACUUAAAGUUGCUAACUCUGCACCAGAAAGUUGGUUUGGAAGAAUGGUAUAUAGUUCCUCACAAUGUCUCCUGCGGUGUAUUGGUUGGACCAUCAAAUCUGUGAAUCAUAAUGCUUACAUCUUGAUAGCGAUAACAGGAAAAGGCUUUUUUAAGUCUUCUGAGAUUGCAACUGAUCUCAUUAUCAGCAACAUCCUUCGGAUUGGGAAGGUGAAUGUCAUUGGCGAUGUUAUUCUCUUUCUUGGGAAGCUGUGUGUCAGUCUUUCGAGUGCACUUUUUGCUUUUCUCAUGUUGGACACUCACAAGUACAACGUUGGACAUAACAAGAUCUCGUCUCCAAUAUUCCCGGUGCUGGUGUGCUGGCUUCUUGGAUACAUCGUGGCAACUCUUUUCUUUGCAGUUGUGGAGAUGUCAAUUGAUACCAUAAUACUUUCAUUUUGUCAAGAUUCAGAGGAGCAUCAAGGAACUGCUCAAUACGCCCCUCCGCUUCUUCUUGAGACUUUGAAUGAACAAACUGAGAUGCAAAGACUUACACAAUGAUCAAUGAUAUCUCAUGCAUUAGCUUGAAUUAUUAUUAUUUCAAGUGUUUAUGAAUGGAUGAUCACUUGAAUUUAUUCUGUGUUUUUGUCAGCUCCGUUUCUAAAUUUGUUUUACCUAUUUUUAAUAGAUUUUGUAUCCUCUUUACAUGUAAAUAAUUUUAAUUCUAAAUUAGAUUGAGUGUCCACAUUUUGUCAA